AUGUGGACAAUAGAGAGCGAGUUCAGGGAAUCUGUUGACGGGGAGAGUACUGUUGAGAUGUGUCAGCUGGGCCGCAGCAGAUGGUUGAUGGACUCCUCAGCAUUCGAAUUUGACGACAUUGGUCCCGGGCGUAUUGUAGUUGACGUCUUCGGCAUUGGGGUCCGCCUCGUGAAGGAGGCGAUGGAGGACUACGCCUGCUCCGCCUUCGCCCAAGUGGCAGGCGUGGUGCAGCGCGGCCCCAUCGACCGCUGUGAAAUUGAAGAAUCCAUCGGAGGAAGGCGCUGGCAGACUUCUCUUCCGCCUUCGUGGUGGAAGCUGGCAUUUCUUCGGCAGCUCCUCCUGCUUUUCUUAGAACCCAACGAGAACGUCCCCGCCGACAACGCCGUCUCCGUGAGCAUCCCGGACCGCGACGAGCGCCCCAAGCACCACCCGAUCAACCUCAAGUCCGCAUGGGAGGACAUCUUCGUGGGCAGCCUCGAGAUCCGAUUCCUGAUGGAGCUGGGAGCGAAGGAAAUGGCGGCGAAGCACGCCGAGGGACUCCACCCUGACACGAGAGAGAAAACGAGCAGGAAAACACUCUUGUUUCUUGCUGCCUCUCGGAACGACCUCGCGAAGGUCCAGAUGUUGCUCGAGAAGGGAGCGGACGUGAAUGCGACCAACUCCAUUGGGAACAGGCCCCUUCACGCGGCGACUUCAGCGGGACACGCCGCCUGCAUGAGAGUUCUCAUCCAGGCCGGCGCCAACGUCAACGCAGAAAAUAAGGAUUAUGAAAGACCACUCCAUGCGGCAUCUACCUUGGCCACGUCCGAGCCGGUGAAGAUCCUCUUGGACGCGGGGGCCGACGUCGAUGCCAUCAACAAAAGGAGGGAAACCGCUCUUCACGCGGCGGCUGCUGUCAAACGACCAUGUCUAUUGAUAGUCAAAGUACGUACACAUCGCCAAAUCCUCCACAGCAGAACUGGCUCGAGUCGGAAGGCCACACAGUGCUCACGAGAGUUGAAACAAAUUGGAAGAACAAUUAAUUUCAUAACACCUUCAAAAUACUUUGAAGAAAAUUUAUCAAUAUCCAAAUGUGUGAACUUUUUUCUUAAGGAAUUGCUACGGUGGGGAAUCGGAGUGGACGAUCGGGACAUCCGGGGUCAGACGGCGCUGCACCUCGCCUGCAGAUCGGGCGACGGAGGCUCUGGUAUCGUCAUCCACCUCCUUCGGAGCGGCGCGGACCCCAAUGCAGAAGACGUCGACUUCAAUACGCCAGUCGUCCUCGCGGCCAAUUCCCGGGCGGAGGAGUCCGUUCGGUACCUGCGUCGCUUCGGAGCCCGGUUGACCCACCUCGACGCCACUCUCACCCUCGCAAGGCAAUUCCCUCGUUUCCAGAAUGCGAAGUGGAAGAAAUUCAGACGAUACUUCUACUUUAAUUUUUUUUUCUAUAUGGUUUAUGCCGUGACUCUGACGACUGCGGCCGUCAUGAAAUCCUAUUACGAGCGAUUCCGAGAAUAUCUGGAAUGCAUCGAAGAGCUCGGAGACCUGGAGGAGUGCGAGGAAGAGAUUCCGAACGAAAAAAAACUGAAACCAGUCACAAACGGAUUAUUGGUAGCUGUGGCCAUAUUUGCAGCCAUCAUCAUCCUGCGGGAGGUUAUUCAGAUGAUCGCACGAAAGUGGGAGUAUUUCACUGAACUGGAGAACCUGCUCGAGCUCUUGCUUAUUGCGCUGGACGUGCUGCUGAUCAUCAACAAGGUGGGGAGCCACUUCAUCGACAGGGACGUGGGCGAGCACAUCAAUGCUAUCACGGUCCUCUUGGUCUGGCUGGAGGUGACCAUCCUCAUCGGGAAGUUACCGGGGCUGAACCUGUGCAUCGCGAUGCUGAUGAGGGUGUCGAAGGCGUUUUUAGUCCUAUUGCCGACCUUGAUCUGCCUCGUGGUUGGUUUCGGGCUGAGUUUUCAUAUACUGUUUCCUGGGACGUUUCCGGACGUGCCGACGUCCGUAUACCAAGCGGCCGUCAUGAUGUCCGGAGAGCUGCAGUUUUACUCUGUCUUUUUCGAGUCCGAUCGACUCGUGAAAUGGUCGGAGCACAUAAUAUUUCUCCUCUUCGUGGUCCUCAUGAGCAUUGUCAUGAUGAACCUCAUGACCUCGCUCGCCGUGAGCGCCAUCCAGGAUAUGAGCACAACGGCCGAGAUCGCAAGAUUGAGUCAACAGGUCCACGUCCUGUACCACAUGGAAAAAGUUCUCAAGUGCGACUGCGUGCUUUACAGAUCCUUCGCCCGCACAUGGGACCUCGACGUCGUAUACUCCGGUCUGCUCCAAGAGAAAAAGCGGGAUCUCCCCACCCGCACCGCCGACCAGAUCCAGGAAAUCCUCACUCAAGUGGCCAAGCAAGACGGGAAGCGCCAGGAGGAAACAGAGAACUGCCGCGAGGAGGAGGACGAAGAGGCGAGACGACGCCGGCACCAUGCGAAAACGAAAGAGACACUCACCUCCAUCGAGAACCAGAUCCAGCAAAUGUUGCAUCACUUCAGUUAG